CUAAAGUUAAUAAUUAAAGUUAAAUUAAAAUUAAAUAGAUAUAUUCUCUGACUAGAACAGCACCACCCAAAGCAUGAAAAUUUGAACUACAUGCAUCGACUCUGUAAAAAGCAUUAUGGAUGUAAGUGCCAUCCAGUGGUGCUACGAGGUACAUAACUUAACACAUGACCAAAUGACUGAAUGAAUGUAUACCACCGCAGUAGAUAGUGGGUGCAUCUAAAUCUAAAUCAGAAGCUAUUGAAUCCACAUUUAGAUAAAUCACUUGCAUUUGUAUCAAGGGUGGGAAAGCAACACAGGCUUCUUCCUCUGUACCGCAACCUUCCCUUUCUCCCCUUUACACUACUUCUGGAGCUUUUAAGUCUCUUCAUAGCUCUACCUUUAUUCACUCAUCUGUUGCAGAUGCUGCCAGCCUUCCAGCCACGCAGACACUUAACUGCUGACAACCUGCAGCUGGAUCUCAGACUGAACUGCAGGCUGAGUACCUCGUUACAGCAUUGUUAUACUGAUAAUAGUGAUCACUUGUCUUGUGUUCACUGAGGCCCAGACAAAAAGUAAUGGGCUUAAAUUACAGCAAGAGAGAUUUAGUUUAGGUAAUAAAGGAGAACCUUCCAAAUAGGAGAGUGGGAAAGCAGUGGAUGAGAUUACUUAGAGAGGCUGUAUAUUAGAAUCUCUGUCACUUUAUAAGUUUUUUCUGUCAAAGUGAAGGCUAGAUAAACAGUUGUGUGGAAUGGUAUCAAACAGUACUCUCAAAUUAGGGUGCAUGUACUCUUGGGAAUAUGCAGCAAAUGCAUAAAAGGUACAUGAGAUGAGGGAUGAAAAGACUGUAAGAGUGAAAGAGGAAAUAUAAAUGAAGAAAAGUGCAGAACAGUUGAACAACAGCUCUAAAAUCUCUCUUAUAUUGUUAGGUUACAGCUCAGUAUCAUGACAGAAGUCAUUCUUUUAUUUUCCAUAGUGUAAAUUUAGAGGGGUACACAAACCUUUUCCUGUUUUUUUUUAUACAGGGGAGUAUACCUGGAACACUCUAUUUCCCGACACUGCCACUCAACUGAAGCACAGCUAUAUUAAGCACAAAUUGCAAACAGUGAAUAUGUACCCAGAACUGCAGUUAUACUGCUACAUAGAGGCCACUAAGCACAUGACGUGAAAUAAUGCCCCCAAAGGGAAUGCCUGGCGAUACACUGGGUGAUAGAAUAUUUUAAAUAUUAUCUGAUGGGGCGGGAAUUCCUGGUGGUGACGGAUCAAGCCCCACUGCAAUGGCUAACCAGGAAACAAAGCGAAAAUACCCGUAUUACUCGCUGGGCUCUGGCUCUACAACCUUUUAAGUUUACAGUAAUGCACUGUCCUGGCAAAGAUAAUUUUGUAGCGGAUUUCCUCUCUAGAUGAGGUAGCUCAGUGGAGCCUGCCAAGCUACCAUCACCAGCUAUUCAAUCAGCUGUUCCCGGGGUGGGGAAAAGCCGUGCCAAUCACAGAGGCUGGAGAAGCCGCUGCAGGAAGAUUAAAAAGCCCCAUGGGAACCUGGCAAGGGGGAGGAGAGGGAGCACGUUGGCGUGGAGCAUGCCAGGUGUGGCGAGGCUUCUGUGGCAGGCAGGAGCAUUGCAGCUGGCUUGAUGCCGGCAUCCAGAGCAAGGGGAAGCUGAUUCCCUGUACAAGGCUGGGAGGGAGGAGGCAGUUCUACCCAUCCCUCCAGCUGUCUACUUUGUAAAGAUUGUUAGAGGCAUUCCGCCCAGAGGCAGCGAGGAGGACACCAGCAAACAGGAGCCUAGCCUGUCAGCAUCUGAGGUGGAAAUGCUAACUGUCAUGACAGCUGGGCUAGCCAACCAGAAACUAUGCCGAUGCCAGUCCCCCUGGAGAAAGGGGUCUACAGGGCACGGCUGAACAACGCAGGUGCCACCCAUUUGGUUGGCUAGUGGAUGGUGUGUAGGGGAGGCGGAGCCCCGUGGAACCUAGUGGCAAGAUUGUAAGUACCACUGUUUCCGGGGUCCCCAGGAAGAGGAUCAUCACUGAACCCCUCAUUUCAUUCAUUAACAGCAAUUCAUGGCAGGAGAGCUGAGGGAAGGGGGUCCCAGUUGAGACGGAUGGUACGACACUCAUCGUACCCCACUUUAGGUGCUUCCACAGAUGGAAUAGUAAUGUGGCAUGAGGUGUUACAGGAGUGGGUUUAAUCAGGGCUGUAAAGGCAAAAAAAGAAUCUUAUGCAGAUAACUAUUUCUUAAUCAUUUCCUUUUUUGUGCAAAAGCUAGUGCAGCAAUUCAUUUCCUGUUACGUAUGUUUUCACCUUAGCAAACCACAAAAAUGCUAGUGAUGAUCGAGCUGAACAACUGCCAGCUAGAGAGCUGUAUAGAAGGCAAGAAGCACCUUCUCCAGCUGAGGCAUACUUAUUUCAAACUCCUGGGAGAGAUCAAAGACACAUAAUGAUCAUGAAAAUCAUAUUGUUCCUAGCUGUGCUGUCAUUACUGGAUCUACCUUUUUGCUCUAACAAACAAGAUUUUCCUGAUAUAGACAAUCCUCAGUUUAUUGAAGAUUGCGUGAGAAGUCAUAACCAUUUUCGAUCUAGGGUGAAUCCAACAGCCAGCAACAUGCGCCGCAUGUCCUGGGACUCCGCUUUGGCUAAAACUGCCAGAGCAUGGGCAAAGAAAUGUCACUUUGAUCACAACAUCUAUCUUAAAGUACCAGGAAAGGUACAUCCCACCUUUACUCCAGUUGGAGAAAACAUCUGGACUGGCAGUGGCUUAUUUUCUGUGAAUGCAGCCCUUACUGACUGGUAUGAUGAAGUCAAUAUGUAUGAUUUUGAGAGCCGUGCCUGUACUCGCGUGUGUGGCCAUUACACCCAGGUUGUUUGGGCCAAAAGUUACAAAGUUGGCUGUGCAGUUCAGUUCUGUCGUAGAGUUACAAAUUUUCCUGGUAUCUCCAAUGCGGCACAUUUUGUUUGCAACUACGGACCUGCUGGGAAUUAUCCAACAAAACCUUACACAGCAGGAGCAACAUGCAGUCAGUGCAAUGGUGAAAAGUGUGCAGGCAACCUCUGUGAAAACUCAGAACGUGAGCAACUGAUAAAUUAUGACAACUGGUAUCCAGACUGGGAUACAACUCCACACCUCCCCUUUCCUAGGCCUCCAUACCCUUCCACUCCUUCAUCCCCCAGCCCUUCUGUGCCUUCACGCUCCUUUUGUGACCAAUACUGUAUUGUUGUUUUAGUUUUAAGGCUACUGUUUGUGUUUCUGGUCUUUGGUGCUGUCUUUCUAGUACAGUGGCAGUAUCCUCAAUUAUAUAUCUAUGAAUAAUCUCCAUUUCAAGAUAUUCAGCAGCACUGUUUAGUACUGUUAUAUCACUGAAGCAAGGGAAUCACACAGAAGAACAAUACAGGCAGGAUUGUUUUUAUAACAGAAAAAUGUUAACCCCCAUUAUUUGAUAUUUUAGCCUUUGAGCAUCACUAUACUUUAAAUUUUUUACCACUAUUCUUAUCUGUGUCCAAAAUAUUUUUCCCCCUUCAAGAAGAGGGAGAAACAGAAGUAAAAUUAUCCCCCAUUAAGAUAUUUAGGGAAGAUCUGCCCCUUUUAGCUCCACAGAAUAUUGCCUGACCAUUUAGACUCUAAUGAGUCUGUUGACAACUCUCAGUAAACACAAACACAUACUACAAUGUGCUAUUUAAGGAUCCACUUCCCACUUCUUGUCAGAGUCAGAACUGCUAGACUGCCUACCAUAGAAGCUAGACCAAUGAUUCUCAAUGAGGGUGCUGGGAGACCCUGAGCUGCUCCUGGAUCUUUUAAAAGGUAUGUGAAUCUGAGGUCUGAGGAGAUAAGUGUUAGCAGAUAAACAGCUGAACUAGCAGAAAACCUCAGGCUCAGGCUUAUCCCUGCCUGGAUGAUCCCCUACUUACACUGCCAGGCCCCUCCAUAAGGAAGUAAGCAUUGCAAUUUAUAAAUUCAUUUUUGAAAUUGGGUGCCACUCAAAUCACAGAAGUUAAGGAAGGGUGCCUCAAGUCCAAAAAGAUUGAGAACCAGUUGGCUGGACUAUAAGCUAGUGAUUGUCAGCCAAGGUACCACAGCACCCUAACAUGCCUUGAUCCUUUCAAGGGUGAUGCAGGGUGCCACACAAUGUUAACACUGUUAGGUAUGCUAAUGUGAUUUAUCUGUUAAACUUGAAUCUUUUCAUUAGCAAUCCAUAGCGUUAAAAACAGUCUGACCUGCUGUGGCUUUGAGUUCUCUGCAACCAAAGAAUUGCUCUAUUGGUUUUUCUGUAGUCAAAAACCAAGUGAAAACUUAUAGAGCUUACAUUUUCUGAGGAGUGCCUCAAGUCUACCCACAGGUGUCUUGAGUCUCUCUAGGGGCGUAGUGAGUCUAAAGAGGUUGGGAACCACUGCUAUAAGUUACUAAUGGAGAUUCUUCUUUAACUUACAUCUUAGUUUUGGGAGCUAGAGAAAUCCAAAUCUAGCAAUACAAAGCUUCUGGUGGCCACUGUAUUCAGCAUAACAAAAUGUGAUUCUGGGUGGUCACAGACGUGUUACAAUACUACACAGUGUUAAUAGGUGAGAAGUAUUAAAUGAUUCUCGUAUAAUAUAGUUCUUUGUGUUAAAUUUGAAUCCUUUUAGCUUGCAUGCUUGUAGCUUUAUUGGGCCUUUACUGAGAAUUUUCUCAACAGGGCUAGGUAGCCCAGUCCUAGGACAUCCAGUUUUGAUUAAAGGUUCAAGUCAGCUUGUUCAAGCUCGUCUGACAGAAUGAAACAAAAACGUCUUCUUUUUUACCAUAUUUGUCAACAUUUUCAUCAAAUAACAUUGUAAACCUUUCAGGAGGGGUAAAAAAAGAGUUCAGUGCUCAGAGACAUGUUCCUCUGACAUCCUCUGCUGAGGCUCCCAUUGUAGCUGUAAUGAAAAUCCAAUGCCUCUUAGGAGUUAGUUUCCGAAUUCGGGCAAGAUCUCCCCAACAGGCUGCUCAUCUGUUAGAAAUUCUUAGGAUUUUAAGACAUAGGGAUUCCAAGUUGUAAGAUUGCUUAUUUCUGUUUGGAUCACAGAAGCAAAUCGAGCUAGAUCUUGGGUUAUUCUUUGUUAGCAAGAUCAUCAUUUCAUAAUUUUAAUAAAGUUUGUUUUUGUUUUCACCAAAUUGGAGGACUCAUUUUGCUGAGAACAGGGGCUGUCAAAAGUAACCCUAAGACCCUUAAAUCUCCUUCAAGGGUCAACAAUAGUAUUUUACAAUUCUGGGUCUUUUGCCUGCUAUGUUCUUGUAUACAAGAGAUUUAAGAAAUAUUAUGUACACAAGCCAUUUCUCAACAGAAUUUCAGUUGAAUAAAAUUGGAAAAAAUAAAAAUGCUUUUUACCUUAGAGAGAGAAAAAAAUCCAUCCAUCCCCCCAGCCCCCUGCCCCCCACCUUGGAAUUAAGAAGUGUAUCACUAUACAGCUCAGUAGCCCAGGGUCAUUCUAAAUACUAGAAGUAUUGACCUGAAAUGAAGAAGUGGUCCAGUGGCUGCAAAACAACCGCUAGUCUACCAUGGUAGUGCUUCAGGCCAAAUCCAGCCUAUGAGGAGUACAGAAGUCUAGAUCUAGCCCAAGCCCACAGGUGAGUCUGACAUCUCUGACACCUACCAGUGUAGCUCAGUAUGCCAUUAUCCUUCUUGGCAACAAGGGCACACUGUCAGCUCAUAUUCAGCUUAUUGUCCACUGUAACUCCCAGGUCCUUUUCUGCAGCACUGCUGUACAGCCAGCGAGCCUGCAGCCUGUACUGGUGCACGGGCUUGUUCUGUCCUAAGGACUUUGCACUCAUCCUUGUUGAUAUUUGAGUGUGAGCAGGUGAGCAAAAAGGAGCAGAACAGGACAGUUUACAACACAAAACAAGAUAAGUGCCCUGCACAAAAAAAAAGAGAUUAGACUUUGAAGAACUGGGGAACACCAAAAGAACUGCCUGUAAGUAGGUGUUUGCCAAGGAACAGUUAGAGUCAAGGGACUAGGCCUUACACCCUAGAAAGUCACACCUCGUCUUAUUCACAGUAAAACUAUUAUAGCUCAAUAGCAAUCCUAGUAUCAUUUUGCCAACAAGAUUCUGAAGUGUAAAUGCUGCUACUGAUCUAUAAAAUCUUGAGGAGAAAUAUGAAGCACUAGGGCUACCAACUAGAGCUCUUAAUUAUCUUUUUCUUUUCUGGGGGAAAGGGUGCGGGAGAGGAGUAGCAGGGGGAAGCCCCCAUCAGUGAACGGGAAGCCCCCAUCAGACAUUAAAUUAAAGGAACAAUGAGAACUGGUACACAAUCCCAACAAACAUACUUCCUGCCAUGCCACAAGUGCAUAGCAGGAGGCACAAUUGUGAGAUCAAAUCCAUUGAACAUCCCACCAAGCAUCAAAUUCUAGGGUUGUGCAAAGCUUCAGCCCCUGAUUUGACUCGGCCCUAUUCAGUGGCCAAAUCUCCGAAUCCGAAUCAAAUCAGAAGACCCUUUAAUGUCUCUGAAUCCAAUCGGAACCCUCUGAAUUGAUUUGGAAAAAUUCAGAUUUGGACACAGACACAACUUUAAAUGUUUUUUCUACAUACUUCUAGGUAGCAGGCAGAUCAUGAAUGCUGUGAUGCUGGGGC